UUGGCUCAGCCCACGGUUUACAUCGCUCCACCGCUCCGGUGCCAUGUAUGGUUGCGUGUAUCCCAGCUUCGGGGAGGCCAUCAGCCACACGUUAUCCUCCACCCGCACUCUGCUGAGCACGGCCCGUCGGCUGCGCGCUGCGGUGAGCGACGCCGAGUUUGCGGCGCACACGGCGCGGCAGCGAGCGACGGCGGCGCAGACGGCGCGGACGGCGGAGGACGAGGGACUGCUGAGGGAAGCGCUCGCGCGGUUGCGGGGGGAACCGGUGGAACUGCAGGUGGCCAACGCCUUGGCACAGCACGCCGGGCUCCUCCCAGCCGACCAGGAGCCCACAGAUCCCACGGUUCCGGUGCCGCCGCUGGUGGAGAUGACUGAGAUGAUCCAUGAGAAGAUGCUGCAGACCGCCAUGGUGUCACGGCACCUGGUAGAGCUCGCCUGGAUCUCCGAGUCCCAAGAGCCGGUGAGUCAGGGCGGCGUGCUGCCCAGCGUCAGCUCUGACGAGUUGGUGCAGAGUUUGAUGGGCGAAGGCGGCGAUGGCGGCGAGGCCCACGGUUGACGGUUUCACCAUGUCCCAAAUGGGAUGGACGAUGUGAGGCACAAAAUGUGGUGGAAAUCUUCUGUGUUUGCAAUUUGCACUGGUGGCGACAUGUAGUGAGUUUUUUCGGGAUUGAGGUAGGCAAACCGUUGAUUCUUUUUAGUGGUGCCACCUUCCACCAAAUUGAAGUGGCUGAUUGUCCAAAGAGACGAUCUGCAGCCAUGCCAUUUCGGGCAGGUCAGAGGUCAUAGGCCUGGCGUCAAAAGAGGGUGGCCGUCAUCGUUGAAACCUCCAGGGAUAAGUUGC